UGCAAGCAGACACAGGAGGCCCAGUUGAAGGAAGCCGCUGCAAGUUUGGAUACUGAUAGACUUCCAAAAUGCAGGUUGAACUGGACAUGGAGGGUGCCCUCACUGCCAGGGACCAGGUUGGCAUUCAGGACUUUGUCCUUUUGGAUGAAACCACAGAGGCAGCUUUCCUCAGCAACCUCAAGAAGCGCUUCAGCAAGGAUCUCAUUUAUACCUACAUUGGAACUUUACUGGUGUCGGUAAACCCCUAUAAAGAGUUGGAUAUCUUCAACAAGCAACAGAUGGACGUUUAUAUGGGGGUCAACUUCUUUGAGCUUCCACCACACAUUUACGCUCUGGCAGACAACGCCUACCACGCUAUGCUUGCCGAGUUCAGCAAUCACUUCAUCCUCAUCUCGGGGGAGAGCGGAGCAGGGAAGACGGAGGCCUCCAAAAAGAUUCUACAGUAUUACGCGGUCAGCUGUCCGAGCACCGCUCUACUAAACACCGUCAGGGACAAGAUGCUCAUGUCCAACCCUGUCCUGGAGGCUUUUGGGAAUGCCAAAACACUAAAGAAUGACAACUCAAGCCGCUUCGGGAAGUAUAUGGACAUUCAAUUCAAUAGUGAGGGUGAUGCAGUGGGCGGCCACAUCCUGAACUACCUGCUGGAGAAGUCGAGGGUGGUGCAUCAGAAUCACGGCGAGAGAAACUUCCAUAUUUUCUACCAGCUCCUGCAGGGAGGAUCGGAGGACCUUCUGCACCAGCUGGGCCUGGACAGGGAUUGCCAGCGUUACAGCUACCUCACACAGGGAGAUUGCGCCAUCGUGCCUUCCAUCAACGACAACAACGACUGGAAGUCCGUUAAAAAUGCACUUGAAGUCAUUGACAUUGAUGCAAUCAACACCAAUCACUUAUUUGGGAUUAUUGCAAGUGUUCUUCACCUGGGUAAUGUGAAGUUUGACUCUGACGAUAAAGGCCGGGCCACACUCAACAACAACAAUGCAGAGCUGCGCUGGGUCUCAAAUCUUCUUGGAGUUGACUCUCACCGUCUCCAAGAAGGUCUGACAUACAGGAAGAUAGAAGCAAAAUCUGAUCAGGUGUUCUCCCCGUUUACUAUCGAUCACGCCAUCUAUGUGAGAGAUGCCCUGGCCAAGGCCAUCUAUGGACACACCUUUACCUGGCUGGUCAACAGGAUCAACGAGUCCAUUGAGAACACUGAUCCUUCAAGAAAAACUGUCAUUGGCCUUUUGGACAUUUAUGGUUUUGAGGUUUUUAAUGUUAACAGUUUUGAGCAAUUCUGCAUCAACUACUGCAAUGAGAAGCUGCAGCAACUUUUCAUCCAGCUCACACUCAAGGCAGAGCAGGAGGAAUACGAGGCGGAGGAUAUUGAGUGGGAGCCGGUGCAGUUCUUCAACAACAAGAUCAUCUGCGACCUGGUCGAGGAGCGACACAGGGGGAUUAUUUCAAUCCUGGAUGAAGAGUGUCUCAGACCAGGAGAUGCGACAGACCUCACUUUCCUGGAGAGACUGGAGGAGAAGAUGGGCAAUCAUCCUCAUUUUGUCUCACACAAGCUGGCGGACAAGAAGACACGCAGGACGCUGGAAAGAGGAGAUUUUCGUCUCUUGCAUUAUGCCGGGGAGGUCACCUACUGUGUUGUGGGUUUUCUGGACAAAAAUAAUGACCUCUUAUACAGAAAUAUCAAAGAUCUGAUAUGUCAAUCUAAAAACGCCAUCGUCAAACAGUGCUUCUCCUCCAUGGACCCGGAAAGCCGGCGUAGACCAGAAACAGUGGCCGCCCAGUUUAAGAGCAGCCUGCUGAAGCUGACAGAGAUCCUCAUGGCUAAAAAUGCCUGGUACAUACGUUGUCUUAAAUCCAACGAGUCAAAGAAGCCAGGACAGUUUGACGAAGCCCUGAUCAGACACCAGGUCAAGUACUUGGGCCUGAUGGAGCACCUGAGAGUGAGACGCGCCGGUUUCGCUUACAGGCGAAAGUAUGAGGUCUUUUUACAGAGGUACAAAGCUCUGUGUCCUGCCACCUGGCCACACUGGAGAGGAGAACCUGCUGAUGGUGUGUUGGUGCUGGCUCAACAUCUGGGCUAUCUUCCAAAUGAGUACAAAAUGGGAAGAACCAAAAUAUUCAUCCGCCAUCCGAGGACACUUUAUGCCACUGAGGAUGCUUUUGAGAAGUGCAAACAUCAACUAGCAACAAGACUCCAGGCUAAAUACAAAGGUUACAGGGCAAAGGGGGAGUUCAGAAAACAGAAGGAGGCUGCCACAAAGAUUGAGACUUGCUGGAGAGGAGUGCAGGCGAGGAAGGAGCGAGACAAGAGAGCCUGGGCUGUCAAAGUCAUCAAACAAUUUAUCAAGGGUUACAUGACCAGAGGACAAGCGAAGGUAACGGAUAACUCGGAGUAUUUGGCCUUUGUGCGGCAGAACUACUUGAACAAGCUGAAAGCCAACCUGCCAAAGACGGUUUUGGAUAAAACCACUUGGCUCGAUGCACCGCGAGUGCUGACCGAGACAUCGGAAAUACUACGUAAACUGCACUACAGGCUCAUGGUGCGGAAGUAUGUCAGAGGGAUCACACCCCAGAAAAAAGCACAGUUUGAAAUGAAGUUCGUCGCCAGCUCGAUGUUCAAGGGGAAAAAAGAGAGCUACCCACAAAGUGUUGCCCUGCUCUUUGCAGACACCAGGAUCAGUGAUCAAGACAUAAACCCGAGAAUCCUGCAGAUGAUUGGCAACGAGCACAUCAAGUACGGCGUCCCGGUGGUCAAAUACCACAGGAAUGGCUUCAAACCGCGGCCCAGGCAGCUCAUCCUCACUAAGUCGGCUGCUUAUAUGAUCGAGGAGGCGAGGGUCAAACAGAGAGUGUCGUUUACCAAUCUUAAAGGGAUUUCAGUCAGUAACCUGACAGACAGCAUUGUUGUGUUGCACGUCACAUGCGAGGACCCCAAACAAAAGAGGGAUCUUGUUCUGCAGUGCAAUCACCUGAUUGAGCUGGUGACCAAACUCAGCAUCAUUGCGAACAAACAGAGCGCGGUCAAGGUGGUCCAGGGCAGCGUCAAGAUAGAAAUCCAGGCUGAGAAGGAGAACACGGUGGACUUCAGCACGGGCCAGGAGCCGAUGGUGUUCAAGGCCAAGAACGGACACCUCAUGGUGGUCGCCACUCGGGCCCGGCCGAGGUAACAUGAGGGGUUGAGGAGACACUCAAGAAGCCCCUGCAUAUUUCAUCACGAGACCCCAAAGCGGAGGAUGUGAGCACACUGCAGCACUUUACAAUCAGUCCAUUGGUUUUCUUUUCUUUAGACUCUACUGAGAGACAACAACAGCUAAAUAAACACCCAUAA